UUGCUAAAGAUACUAAGCAUCCUCAACGAAAGGAGGUUUAUGGAGCUUUAAAAUGUCACAAUGUUGGCGUAGAAGUGUGCUUUGGAUGAUUAUAAUUUGUGGCCCUAGUUUCUACUCUUCAAGCAAGAAAGAUAAUAUGGAAAAUCUUGCACAUUUCGUGUUUGGAGUACUUGGAAAUGCCUUUGCUAUGUUUCUUUUCCUAUCUCCUCUGAUUACCUUCAAGAGGAUCAUCGCGACAAGAUCGACUCAGCACUUUUCUGGAAUUCCCUACCUCAUGACACUGCUCAACUGCCUGCUCUCUGCUUGGUAUGGCUUGCCAUUCAUCUCCCCGGACAACCUGUUAGUCACGACCAUCAAUGGGGCCGGCGCAGCCAUUGAGAUUCUCUAUGUCUUAACCUUUGUAGCCUUUGCGCCGAGGAAGGAGCAGGUCAACAUCCUCGGACUCCUCGUCCUGGUCCUAACUGUUUUCGCCGCUGUCGUCGCCAUUUCCCUCUUUGGUCUCCACGGCGAGCAUAGGCAGCACUUUUGUGGGAUCGCAGCCACCAUUGUCUCCAUAUUGAUGUAUGGAUCGCCCCUGACAAUCAUAAGUUUGGUGAUCAGAACUAAGAGCGUGGAGUACAUGCCCUUCUUCUUGUCGUUGUUUGUGUUCUUGUGUGGGACUUCCUGGUUUGUGUUUGGCCUUCUUGGGAACGAUCCUUACAUCGCGAUUCCUAAUGGAGUUGGAUGUGGAUUGGGGGCAGUGCAGCUGAUACUGUAUGCAGUUUACAGGGGCAAUAAAGACGGCGACGACAGGACUGUGGAGAUGGAGAAGGGGAGGCCAUUGCAGGCUUAA